AUGUUUUUACAUUCGCUCACAGCUCCAGAAGUGUCGGAAAAGAGAAAGAAGAAGAAAAAGAAGCACUCUGAUGAAGGUCAGGACAUUGCAGCUGACAUUGUUGAACCGAUGGAGGGUAAAAAGGAGAAGAAGAAGAAAGAGAAGAAGGACAAGGUUGUAGAAAGUGAAUUUACGGACCAGAAAAAUGUCAAGUCGGAGAAAAAGGAUAAGAAACGGAAGGACAAGCAACCUGCCGAAAAUGUUGUCUCUCAGUCAGGGCCCUCGAAUGAAUCUUCUACCGCUUCCUCGUCCACCCCAGCAGAGAUUUCUGCUUUCCUUACUAAACACAACAUCACCAUCCAUGUUCCUUCUUCGUCUCCACCCGUGACACCAUUUAUCCAUUUCUCUCAACUUCCUAUACCUGACCCCCUUCGAACCUUCUCAGCCAAGUUCAAGGAGCCUUCUCCUGUUCAAGCAUGUACCUGGCCUCCGGCUUUGGAAGGCAAGGACGUUGUUGGCAUAGCAGAAACAGGUAGUGGGAAAACUCUUGCGUUUGGUGUUCCUGCCUUAGCCCGUCUUAUAUCUUCUCCGCCCCCUCCACCGUCAAAGUCUAGUCCGACAAUAACAACGCUGGUUCUUGCCCCUACUCGGGAGUUGGCCUUACAGACGCAUGAAGCACUCGAGGGUCUAGGAGAACAGUUUGGUAUCGCUAGCGUCGCAGUGUUCGGUGGUGUCCCGAAGGAGGGUCAAGUAAAGAUGCUGAAAAACUUGCACAAGGCCAAUAGUAAGCUGGUCACCAGGAUCAUCGUUGGUACACCUGGACGAAUACUGGACUUGAUGAGUGAAGGCGCCUGCGAUCUAAGCGGAGUUAACUUCCUUGUUUUGGACGAAGCCGAUCGUAUGCUCGACAAAGGAUUCGAAAAUGACAUUCGCAAAAUCAUCUCACAAACAAAACCCCAAAAGGAGAGGCAAACUCUCAUGUUCAGUGCUACUUGGCCAGAAGCUGUUCGUAAACUCGCUAGUACAUUUCAGAACGACCCGGUGCGAGUGACAGUCGGUAGCGAUGAUCUUACAGCGAACAGUCGUGUUGAGCAGGUCGUUGAAGUGUUAGAUGACAGUCGGGGUAAAGAUUCACGUCUCCUCAAACACCUCCGUGCGCUCGGUCACAAGAAGGCCUCAACAGAUACCGAUUCACGUAUCCUGGUAUUCGCGCUGUAUAAAGCUGAGGCAUCCCGGGUUGAGGGCAUGCUCCGACGAGAGGGAUACUCUGUGGGAGCACUUCACGGUGAUCUAUCACAAAAUAACCGGCUCCAAGCGUUGGAAGAAUUCAAGUCUGGAAAGACUGGAUUACUAGUCGCGACCGACGUCGCUGCUCGAGGCUUAGAUAUACCUAAUGUUGGCGCGGUCAUUAACUAUACAUUCCCUUUAACCAUCGAGGACUAUAUCCAUCGUAUCGGAAGAACUGGACGAGGAGGGAAAUUCGGAAAAUCCAUUACGUUUUUCACUGGCGAAAAUCAGGAACGAGGCCUUGCUGGCGAACUUAGUAGGGUUCUCAACGACAGCGGUUUCUCAUGUCCUGAAUUGAAGAAAUUUCCUAUGACGAUAAAGAAGAAGGAACAUGGGUCAUAUGGCGCCUUUUUCAGAGAUGAUAUACCCACGACGACUAGAAAAAAGAUUGUUUUUUAG